CUCAGGAAUUCUUAUUUCACAUUCUUAGCCAAAAAAGUAACAGACAAACAUUUAAAAAUAUCAAAUUAAACACCUUACAAUUAAAAAAUGAAAUAAAAUGUGUCCUGGUCAGGGAAGUUAGGAGGAAAAGAACUGCUUUUUUAUCACUUUGUACCAACCAAAAUCAGACAAUGAGAACUUGCACUAGCAUUUCAGAUAUUUUAAGAAGAAAACCAAAUGCAAACUCAUUUUCAAAAAGGUUAUUAAGCUCUGUACUAAAAAAGGCUUACAUUUUCCUAAAAUCACGAUUUCCUAAAAUCGUGCAUCAGAAGUGUAGGUGUUCUUUGUAAUUUUCAGAGAAUAAAAUCCCAGAGGUUGGCAGUUUUCUCUAUCUUAAUUUAUAUUAUAUGGAAUAUGUUUUUGUUGAUGAAAGAAAGAUAAAUAAAUAAAUUUUAAAAAUGAGAAUCUGGAAGGGGGCUGUGCAUGGACAAAAGAAUAAAGCAGACAGUAUAAAGCCAAAAAGUAAAGAAAUUGAGGAAUGCAAAUGAUGACAUGCAGGAGUGUUGAAUUUAAAAGAAAAACAGUGAGACAUCCAAUUUCAUGAAUUCCUUUUUCAGGUUCUAAGCCAAGAGAGGAACAAACAUUUUUAAAAAUCUAAAAUAGAAGGGAGAAAGAAGAGCACCUUUGGUAACAGGAAGUGGGCGGAGACUCUCUGAAGAGCACUCUUAGGCUAGGGACCAUCGUGGAAGUGAAAAGACCUUUCUUUUUAUCAACUUCAUUUGUCUUCCAAGUAUGGAGAAUUCUAGAGGCAAGGAGAGAACCGCCACAGGAUGGUCGAGGGAAGAAGAAGAGUGGGCCUUAACUCAACCAAGCACAUCUUUACCAAGAACAUCAGAAAAGGAGGGGAACAAACGAAAAAGAUCUAUGAAAGAUGAUAAAGUUGCCUGUCCUAAGGAAAGGGGACAGUGUGAUGGCAACCCAAAACCUCGGAAGAAGGUACCAAUUCCUCCGUUACCUGUAGAUCUGCCACCCAUCGACCUGGUUCACAGAGACAUUUUGCGGGCCUGGGGUCAAAAGCUGAGGUUAAGCACUAAAGGCCCGAAAAUAGAUCUGUAUAAGCGACUAUGUGAAUAUGCUUACCCACACCAGAAGCCUUGUUUACAGGCUAUUCCCAGCACAGCAAAGGAGGUCAAGAUCAAAACAUCCUUACAAAUAAAAUCAAAGGUGGGCAAAGAGGAAACAUCCCAGGAAAGUGCUAAGAAAACAAUGUGUUCCGCGGGGACCGACCCCCCUGAAGUGGCUCCUCCACUCCAGGAGGGUGUACCUGUGCUCCUGGAGGACGUGAAUACAGUUGAGGUGACAACUUCUGCCCCAGAGGCUGUGCUAGCCUCUUGGGCCAGAAUUGUCGCUGGUGCUGGGAAGAGGAAGGCAGUGGAAACACCCCCAGAGGCCUCCGGUGACAGAUGGUGUGUGGUCCAUGGGAAAAGUCUCCCUGCAAACACACAUGGUUGGGUUCAGCUGCAGUUUCAUGCAGGACAAGCCUGGGUUCCUGAGAAGAAAAAAGGAAGAGUGAGUGCACUCUUCUUGCUUCCUGCAAGUAAUUUCCCACCCCCAUACCUGGAGGACAAUAUGCUGUGCCCCGAGUGUGUCCACAGGAAUAAAAUCUUAUCAAAAAGCCUUCAAUGGGACUAGAAUAUCAGGAUUUAAAGGACAUUUACAGCUUCUGCUUCCUUCUUUGACAUCAUCUAAGUUCUUGAGGAGUAGGGAGCCUGCGGAACCAUAGCCAUGACUGAUGAUGUAAAUUCAAGGCCCAUCCCCUCACAGACCUACCUCAUCAAGAACGUCACUACAAGCAACUUUGCAAAGGUACCUCUUGGGCCACCAACACCCUCAACAAGGGCAUCUCUGAGUCCAUUGUGAUGGUUGUGAGCAUCAAGCACCCGGAGAUCAUCCUGCACUUCCUGCUAUCAUGGGAAGACAAGACUGUCCGUUUGUGUUUGUGUACUCCAAACAGGCCUGUGGGGUCUCCCAUCAUGUGGUUCUUUUCUCUGUCACCAGCAAAGGAAGUUCAUAGCUGAAGCAGUGGUUUCCUGUCCAUUCAGCAAAUAGUCCACGAGAGCAUAUAGGCUCUUGAGCUCAACCUGUUGCCUCUUCGUAAUUCUGCCUACUGAGAUCAUGCGUCAUAUUGUCUGGGUUAGCGUGCAGCAUUACUCAACUGCUUUCCAUUAGAAAACUAAAUUCAGCUUGUAGAUUCUGUUUUGUUUCACAGGAUUGUUUAUCCCCUUCAGCCCUUUCACCCUCUCUUUGUGUGAGCAAUAGUGCCUAGAACAGACAGGGGCCAAGUGGUGACAGAAGAGCCGAAAGAACCGAGUCAGGAUCAGGACAGAGAUCUCUUUCUAGCUUUCACCUGCCAACUUCCUACUAUGUGUCAGGUAUGAUGACAGUAAACAAUGGCCACUGCGCGUCCUGGCAUUCAGAAUUAUUUCAUACAUGUUAACAUGACUAACGAGUUUCUUUGCUCUCUGAGGGAUUAUGCAUCAUUUGGGGAGAAAGCUCGUGUUCUGCUAUGUUGUCUGGUUAUACCCAAGGUCAUUUACUAAUGUUCCCUGCUGCUUGAUUCUGUUAAUGUGAUGUGUUCUUUCUCCAGACCCCACUCCUCCUCUCCCUCCUGUGCUCCCAGAAUACUUUCAGAAGGAAGAGAGACAAAUAAUUAAAUCUAUUUUUUAAAAAGGAUUUAUUUAUUGUUUGGGGCCAGCACUGUGGCAUAGCUGGUAAAGCUGCUGCUUAACAGCACCAGUGUCGCAUAUGGGCAUUGGUUCAGGUCCUGGCUGCUCCACUUCUGAUCCAGCUCCCUGACAAUGAACCUGGGAAAACAGUGGAUGAUGGCUCAAGUACUUGGGCUCCUGCACCCAUGUAGGAGACCCAGAAGAAACUCCUGGUUCCUGGCUUCAGGACGCCCCAGCUCUGGCUGUUUUAGCCAUCUGGAAAGUGAACCAGAGGAUGGAAGGUCUCUCUCCGCCGCCCCCCUCUCCCCGUAACUCUGUCUUCAAAUAAAUAAAUAAAACCAGAAGUUAGGAGCCUCUGUGGGUCUCGUGAUUGCAGCAGCUCAGGCACUUGGGCUACCUUCUGCUGCUUUUCCAGGCCAUUGGCGGGGGGGUGGGACAGGAGUGAAGCAUCCGAGACUCUAGCCAGUGCCCAUGUGGGAUGCUGGCGUCACAUGCAGCAGCUUCACCUGCUAUGCUACAAUGCCCACCCCCAAAUAAUUGGAUUCGAUUACUUUUGCCCCAGAUGAAUUCCAUGGCAGAGGGAGGAUAGGGUACAAUGAUUGAGCUGCUGUGGGGGAGCCCAGAGAAGAUCUGCAUUCAUUCCCCAUCUGAAUGCUAAAGUCACAACCAUGCAGAUAGGUCUGGGCCCACAGCUAUGUGUGGUGUGAACAACAUGUGAAAUAUAAUAGGAACAAUAGAAAUCUGGAGCCAGAACUUCAAAUUUUCCUUGGUUCCAGAAAGGAAUGUAAGACUCCAUGAGCAGAUUCUAAAGUAACUGAGCUGAAGACAGGUUUAGCAAGAUAUCAUUGGUAGAGGCAAAAGGGUCUGUAAAAAAGAAAAACAGCGAACUCCUUGACAGGAAUCAACGGUGGAUGUGACACAUCUCCUGAGGAGGGAUAAAGGGACAUUUUUAAAUUCCAAUUUAUUACAGUGGCGUUAAUUUACCAAAAAAUGUUCCAUAUAAAUUUCUGUAUGUUAACAAGUUAGAGCUUACAGAUUAAAGUUGAAAUUUGGCAUCUUAAUUAUGUAUACCUAGUACCAGAAGGAACGGUAAACAUUGAAAUGUGUUUGGCAUGAUGCAAUGGGAAGUCAAACAUCACUGGUCAUGUGAGUCUAAUCACAGGGAAGCAAUAGGUCCUGAUGACACUACAGUCAUUAAGUAACCUUAAUACUCAGAUGUACUCUUUUCCCCAUUUCUAAUAAGUGUAUCUUUACAAAAUAAAUUAUGCUUCACCAUUAAAAAAAUCUAAAAUAAAAUAUACCACACAAACAUUUUAAAAAGCAAUAAAUUGUGUCCUGAUCUGGGAAUUUCAGUUAGUAGCAACAGAACUGGUGUUUUCCAGUCUGUACCAGUGAAACCAGCCAAUGAAAAAUUUCUCUAGCAUUCCUGAAUAUUUCAAAGCAGAAGGCAAAGGAAGAUCCAUUUUCAAUAAAGAGUAAGGGAGACAGCGCAAAGCCAAAAAAAGAAAGAAAGAAAGAAAGAAAGAAAGAAAGAAAGAAAGAAAGAAAGAAAGAAAGAAAGAAAGAAAGAAAGAAAGAAAGAAAGAAAGAAAUUGAGGAAUGCAAAUGGUGACAUGAAGGAAUCAUGAAUUUAAAAAGAAAAAAAAAAGACUGGAUAUCCAAAUUAAUGAAUUCAUAUUUCAGGCUCUAAGCCAAGAAAUGACAAAUAUUAAAAGCAUAUCCAAAAUAAAUUUACCACACAAAAAUUUUAAAAACAUGAAAAAAUGAAGUGUCCUGGUUAGGGAAGCUUGACUAGUUAGAACAGAACUGUAUUUUUUCCAGUUAGUACCACCCAAAAUCAGCAAAUGAAAAGUUGCUCUAGCAUUCCUGAUUAUUGUAAAAAGCAAACCAGAGGCAAACUUAUUUUCAAUAUAGCUGAGUAUCUUCUGUAAUAAAAAAAAGGCUUACGUUUUACUCUUCACUAACACAUGUAUCAGAAGUGUCAGUGUUCAUUGCACUUUUUUUGAGUAUAAAAUCUCCAAUGUGGGGUAUUUUUUCUAUGUUAAGUUAUACUAUGUGACAUAUGGUGUUUUUGAUGUAAGGAAAAUAAAAUUAAUUCAUUUAAAAAAUGAAAAUCCUUGAGGAAACUGGGCAUAGGACAGAAAUAAGAGAGACAACGUGAAGCCAAAAAAUAAAUGCAAAUGGCGACAUGUGGGAGAAGAGAAAGUAACAGACAAACAUUAAAAAAAAAAAUAAAAAUAAAAUAAAUUUACCACACAAAACUUAAAAAAAAGAAAUUAAUGUGUCCUGGUUUAGGGAAGCUCUUUUAGUAGGAACACAACUGGUUUUUCCAAGUUUAAACCAGCCAAAACUGGCCAAUGAAAAGUUAUUCCAGCAUACCUGAGUUUUUUAAAAGGAAAACCAGAAGUAAAGCCAUUUCCAAUAAACAUUAAUACCUUCUGUACAAAAAAAGGCUUAAAUUUUACUUUUCACAAAUACAUGUAUCAGAAGGGUAG